AUGGCUAUGGCUUCCGCGAAGGCCGUCGCCAUCCUCAGUGUCGCGGUGAUCGCGUCGUUCCUUCUCGCGGCUGAGUGCCGCCACAUUGCCCGGAAGGACCUGGGCGUCGGCCUCGGCGGCGGCGGCUCUGGCGGGCUAGGAGUCGGCACGGGCGGCGGCGGCUCUGGCGGGCUAGGAGUCGGCACGGGCGGCGGCCUGGGGGUCGGCACGGGUGGCGGCCUUGGGGUUGGCACGGGUGGCGGAGUGGGCGUCGGCUCAGGGAUCGGUGUCGGCGGCGGCGGUGGUGGCGGCGGCUCUGCGUCCGGGUCAGGAUCCGGGUCCUACUCAGGCUCCGGCUCUGGUUCGGGAUCAGGGUCCGGCUCCGGGUCAUGGUCCGGCGCGGGGUCGUCACCGGCCGGAUCCAGCGCAGGCUCGUACGCCGAGUCAGGAGCCGGCUCGAAUGCGGGGCCUGGCGGCGCGGGAUCGUACACGGGCUCCAGAGCUGGCUCGCACGCAGGCUCCAACGGCGGAGGAGCGGGCUCGUAUGCGGGCUCUGACGCCGGCUCGUAUGCUGGGUCCGGCGCUAGCCCGCAUGGCGGCGGCUCUGGUGCUGGCUCGUACGCUGGGUCCCGGGCUGGCUCCUACGCUGGCAGCGGCCAUGGCAAGUGA